AUGGAGCAGACCGAGGUGCUGAAGCCCCGGUCGCUAAACGACCUGAUCCGCAUCCUGCACCAGCUCUUCGACGGCGAGGAGGUCAAUGUGGAGGAGGUGCAGGCCGUCAUGGAAGCCUACGAGAGCGACCCCGCCGAGUGGUCCGUGUACGCCAAGUACGACCAGUACAGGUACACCCGAAAUCUUGUGGAUCAAGGAAAUGGAAAAUUUAAUCUGAUGAUUCUAUGUUGGGGUGAAGGACAUGGCAGCAGUAUCCAUGACCACACCAACUCCCACUGCUUUCUGAAGAUGCUGCAGGGAAAUCUAAAGGAGACAUUAUUUGACUGGCCUGACAAAAAAUCCAAUGAGAUGAUCAAGAAGUCUGAAAGAAUCUUGAGGGAAAACCAGUGUGCCUACAUCAACGAUUCCAUUGGCUUACAUCGAGUAGAAAAUAUUAGCCAUACGGAACCUGCCGUGAGCCUUCACUUGUACAGCCCACCUUUUGAUACAUGCCACGCCUUUGAUCAAAGAACAGGAUACAAAAACAAAGUCACCAUGACAUUCUAUAGCAAAUUUGGAAUCAGGACCCCAUUUGCAACUACAGGAUCACUGGAGAACAACUAA